AUGCGUAUUCCCUCUUCGAGUAGAAGAAGCCGUUGUCGCUGCUGCCGACGAGAACCACGUAGGAGCCGGCUCGGUGCGGACGUGCGCUGCGCGCAAGCCGGAUGGUGGAAACGACAGGGAGGUGAGGUCCGGCUACGUGUGUGGGUGUGCGUGUGGGUAGUGGGGCGGUGCAUGGCAACGCAACGCUUGCGCGUAACGGUACGAGGCGUCGGGGCCAAGCCACGGCCACCCUCGUUCGUGCCGAGGCCGUUGCACCCGCACCCGUACCAACUCCGUGGCCGCGUAACGGAUCCGUCGUCAUUUCGCCGCUCGUUUCAAACCCUCAUUAGCCGCUCGCUCUUCAGGUCUGCGUCCAUCUACAUGCGCCUGCUUCCGAAUCGUUGCAAGCUCCGUCGAUCAGUUGGCACUUCAGACAUGCCGGGCGUCAAGUCGGAGUCUCCGGCGAGCGGCUUGCCGGCGCUCCCGCGCAUCCGCACCACUCGCCCUGCUGCGGCCUAUUCCAAGGCAGCAAGAGCCAAGGCGCGGGCAAGCACAAAGGCGGAAGCAGAGGAGAAGCGGCACAAUGGUGGUAGGGGGGCGUGUGGGAGCUCACCGGAGCUGGAGAAGAGGAGGUGCUCCUGGAUCACGGCCAACUCUGAACCCCUCUACGUUGCAUUCCAUGAUGAAGAAUGGGGAGCACCGGUGCACGAUGACCGUAAGUUGUUUGAGCUGCUCACCUUAUCACAAGCCUUAGCUGAGCUCUCCUGGCCUGUAAUUUUGAGCAAGAGGGAUGAGUUCAGGGAGAUGAUUGAUGGUUUCUACAAUGCAUCCGUGUGUGGCUGCACGGACAAGAAGAUAAACCAGCUGUCCAAAUCAAACGGAAGCACGUUGUUGUCACAGCAAAAGAUGCGAGCUGUGGCUGCAAACGCCAAGCAAAUUCAAAAGGCAAGUUUUGUUUAUGGUGAAUUCAAAUGGUAAAAUGAAUAUUUACAAAAUUUCCUCUAAUUUAUCGCUGAAUGAGGACAUAUAAAUCAUUAUCAUUUUCAUUCCUCCAACCAAUC